GCGACAACGUAUGUGACCUUGAUGUAAUUAUGUCCAGUUUGUUGCAGUCGUUCCUUACGACAAUAUUUAUUUAGCAAACCAAAAGAUGAAGAAACGCAAUCUUCCAUUUACAAAAAGGAUUCUUCUGACUACGUUUUCUUAACAACACAAAAGCUCUUUUUACACGCGUGUUUAAGUAGUCACUUUUAGUCGCGGGUUUUAUUAAAGAAUUAUGGGCAAUGCAGUGCAUGCAUCCACUUUCAAGGAUGAUGUAUUUGCUGAGCCUGAGACAAAAUCUCAAGAUAGUUCAAAUGUUGAAGGCCCUGGAACCAUGGAAAAUAUUCACAAUAAAAGUCAUGACAUUUUUCCGGUGCCUUUUGAAGGUGCUAGACUAAUUGUCAACAAAGGACUAUCUCCUAACUUUCAAGUUAACCACUCUCUUUCACUAAAUUCGGAAGAUCAAUCUGGUUAUCGUUUUGGUGUGACGUAUGUUGGGCACGACAAAGUUUCAGAUACAGAAAGUUAUCCGGUUUUGAUGAGUGAACUGCAACCCAAUGGUAAUAUGCAGGCUCAAAUAAUCCAUCGAAUGUACCCUUCCAUUUAUGUACGCUAUAUUGCACAGCUACAACGUCACCGCUUCUUAGGACAACAAGCAUGUGUAGAGUAUCGCAAACCCAAAGUUCAAACAUCUUUAACCCUUAUCAACCCUGAUGUGGGUGGUGGUCAGUGCAUGGCCGCGCUAGAUGUAAUGCGCCAAAUCACGAAACGGUUUGCCCUCGGUACUGCUUUCUUUUAUCAGUGUUCGCCUCAGCUACCUGCAGGGCAAGACGGUGUUUUUAGCCUCGGUGCAAAAUACACCUCUUCUUAUUGGCAAGGUGCUGCAACUAUCAGACCUUGGCAAAAUUCAUUUCACAGUAGUUUCCAUAUUCAAGUAAACGAUAGUCUUCAAUUGGCAGCGGAGUUUGAAUCUAACUACCAACAACAAUCAAAUAUUACUACUUUAGGUUACAAAUAUGAUAUUCCCAAGGCAAAUGUUACCUUCAAAGCACAAAUGGAUUCUAACUGGAAUAUUGCUUCUUCUUUGGAGAAAAAAUUGACUCCAUUUCCCUUUACGUUUUCUCUUUGCGCGAUAUGCAACCAAGUUAAAGCCAAAUACUCUUUCGGCAUUGGACUUAUGGUUGGUUAGGAUUUUUAUAUUGUUCAUUUCUUGUGCAUAUUUUCGAAUUUUCCUCAUCUGAAUGCACUAUGUAGCCGCUAGAUAAUCUUCAAGUUUAUAUGAUCCUGCUGAUCCUUCUUGUACAUAGUCGAUUAUUUAUUCCAAAUCUGUAAUCAUUAGCUUGGUAAUACAAGCCUUACUUUUGCAGUUUUAUUUCUGGGUGAGAUCAUGCUUGUUGUUAUCCCCAUUAGCCAAAGCCGACGAUGUAUUAUGAAUAAAAUUAUCUGUGUAAGUA